AAUAACAAAACUAAAGAAACAAUAUGGCUGAGAUUAAGAUUACCUAUUUCAACACAAAAGGAAGAGCAGAGAUUUCAAGACUUAUCUUGGCGUACGCUGGGGUCAGGUAUACAGAUGAGAGAGUAAACAACUUCCCUGAGAUCAAGGCUACUCUACCCUUCGGUCAACUCCCUGUGCUAACCUACAAAGGAACUGUUAUUGCUCAAAGUUUAACUAUGGCCAGGUUCCUGGCUAAUGAGUACGGGCUGACCGGAAGCUCUAACCUGGAAGCAGCUCAAGCAGAUGAAAUAGUAGAUUCAGCUCUAGAUAUCAUGAAUGCUGGGAUACCACUUAUGAGGUGUAAAGAUGAGGAGGAGAAGAAGGUUCUAGAGAAGGUGUACUUCGCCAAGGUCAUGGAGUACUUCACUAGGAUGGAGAACAUACUUGUCACCAGGGGCGGACAGUUCUUUGUCGGGAACGCCCUCACCUGGGCGGAUCUUAUGAUCUUCGCCUUUGGAGAUCUCUUGAAGGAUAUGAAUGCUGCUGCUUUGAAUGGAUUUCCAGUGAUCACUGAUCUCCUCCGAAGGAUCGCUGAGAUACCAAAUAUUAAGAAAUGGUUGGAGACAAGACCAAAAAGUUCUUAAAUAACAAAUAACAAUUAUAUGAACUUGAGAUAAAUAACAAUUAUAUUAACAUGGACUAGAAAAAUUAAACUAAACUAUUAUUCAAUUUAA